AUGUCGACCAAGCCAGACUCCCAGCCAACCAUUCCUAAGGCCAAGCGAUCGCAGGCUACGACGAAAGCCAAGAAUGAUCAAAAAAAACCUCCAGUAGAUUUCCUCUGGAUUAACGCCCAGGAGGAGGAUCCCCGAGAUCGCGAUGCCUCCCGGGAGAAACAAGCCUUCAUCCGGGCGAGGCAUCAUAGGUUGAAGAAAGAAUCCCAGAUGCGAAGCUUGAAAACAUCGAUGCAGCAACGACCAGCUGAGAGCGAUUCCAUACCAUCUGAGGCAGCAAGCCGGGAUCACACUUCCGAUGACUCAAGUAGUCAAAAAUCUCAAAAUGAUCGUUUCUUGAUCACUCAGCCUCCCGUUCUGUGCCAAUCUCUCGAGGCAUGCAUUUCGAUGGCCUUUCCAUACCUCUCUCGCCCAACUAAUCAGAGUAUGACGCUAUAUCUUCAACACUACCAAGUUCACGCCACAAAAUUAUGCUUCCCGUUGGGAGAUAACCAGAUUACGUUUCGAUAUUUACAGAUGGCACUCAAUUAUCCAGCCCUAGUGCAGAUUCUCCUUUCCACAAGUGCCUUUCACCGGGCCACUGUACACUACGUCAGCGGUGCACCGCCUCAGAUAAUCCAGAGCUCGACGCAAGAUGCCAUUCGUUUGCGAUCGGAAACAAUCAAGUCGCUUCAGGGGAUCCUGAUCAAGCCUUACGAAUUUUAUUCCGAGGCCACACUCAGAGUUAUUGCCCAUAUUAUGUGUGUUGAGGCAGCCGAGGCAAAUGUACUAGCAGUCCGCGCUCAUGAAAAGGCUAUCAAGAAAAUCAUUGAUGCUCGGGGUGGACUAAACAAUUUGGGAUAUGAUGCACUUUCUAUACUAUACGUUUGCGACCUCAUGAGAGGACUCAUUAAUGAACAUCCCGUUCAACUAAAUAAAUCUUGGAAAUGGGAGUUCAAAGUACACAGGGAGUGUUCUUUCCUUCGGGAAGACUUCGAUAUCAAGACGUUUGUUGGACGCCGUUUCUUCAAUUCUCCUUGGUCCUCGGAUCUCCAUUCAGAACUCGUCUCGACUCUGCGCUCAUUGCAAACGCUCGUGUCGUUAUAUGAGAAUGUGAAUUCCUCAUCAUGGAAACAGACACGCAUGGACAAUGAUGGACUCCUUCUCUUAAAUCACGAAUUACUAUCGCUGGCACACGACCGCUCCUUGCCUGCCUUCCAAGAUACCCUCCGACUGGCAGUCUUGAUAUAUACUGUGAUUCGAAUCCGUGGCUUCGGAGGGAUGCCCUGUGCAGAUAUUUUCGUCGCUACCCUUCGAAAAAGUCUCCAAAAAAGCUUCGCCUCUCUCGAAACAACAGCCCCAGAUCUACUCCUCUGGAUCUUAUUCAUCGGCAGUCUGGCCUCAAGAGGACGAAACUGCCAUACUUGGGUUUUGCAAAGCCUCCGUGAAGUCGCCACAGAACUUUCACUUGAGAAAUGGGACUGUGCGGUUGUUGUUCUUCAGGAAUACUUCUUCGUCUGCAGACCAUCUGAUGGAGCCGUGAAAGAAAUGUGGAAGUCGGCGUUCCAACAAAGGUUAAUGAGGGUUGUGGAGGAAUGA